AUGCAGACACUAUCUGAAGAAUAUAGACCAUCUAUUGACAAACAAAGGGAGGAAUGGUCAUCUAUUAGAAAACAUAUAACAGAUGUAAUGGAAAAUUUGCAUAAUAGGGAUGCCUUAGAUACAUAUCGAGAGAUAUUUAAUAGUAAUAUUGUACGUGGCGAGGACAUUUUGAUUAGCAUUGUAUUAACAGGUAAAUAUAACCCAAGAGGACUUGCUUUACUGGUAAGUAACAUUAAUGUUGAUUUUCCUGAAUUUGGUCAAUCACUUAUAAAUGAAUGUGUUAGAAGAUUCGUCUUUUAUUUUAAGAAGGCCAAAUAUCACGAAUGUUUUCGAAUGAUGAUAUUAUUAUCUCAAUUUUACAACUAUGAUAUAGUUCAUAUGGUGGUCAUUCUCUAUGCCUUACAAUCAAUGUCUGAAGAAAUAGAGAACACAAAAGAUAAGGGAAGACGAGAAGCAAGUAUGUCACUCAUUUGUGCAACUUUAAUGAAUUGUGGUAAGAAAUUAUUGGAUUCUAGUGAAGAGAUUCAUAAUCAAUUGUUAGAUCAAUUAAGGCAAUUAUUGCAAAAUAAUCGUAAUUUAUCCUCAGCGACAAUAUAUUCCAUCGAACAAGUUCUCGAGGUUAGGCAAAAACAAUAUAAAGACAUUCCAGAACAAGAAUUGUUAGAGAAACCCUUCCCUAUUGAAGACGAUUGGUCUGAACACGCUAUACUAGUGUUUAUCGAUCCAGAUUUCCUCAGUAUACAACCUAAUUUCAAACUAGGAGAGUUUGUUCCUACCAAAAAAUAUGAUCAAGAGGUCGAGAUGUUUAAUAUACUAAAUGAAAUUGCAAAGAAAAGAGUAAUGAAUGGAGAAGAAUUAAGAAAAGAGGAUACCGAGACUAUUGUUGUUCAUAAUAUGACGGAUUCAGAGGCUACUGAAUUUAAAAAGAAAAUAUAUCUUACUUUAAAAAGUUCAUUAUCUGGUGAUGAAGCUGCUCAUAAAUUAUUAAAAAUGAGGGUUCCAGACUCGGAUAAGCAAUCUGUUAGUGAGAUAUUAGAACGAUCAAUGAUUCAAGAAGCGACAUACUCAAAGUUUUACGGUCUUAUUACUGAAAAAUUGUUAAGUGCACAUAGAACAUGGAAAGAUGCUUUUAUCAUUACAUUUCAUAAAAGACUUAAUACUUUAGAUGAAUUAGAACCAAAUGAAUUAAGAAAUAGUGGUAAAUUUUGGGGUCAUCUAUUAAGUACAGAUUUAAUAGGAUUUGAAAUCCUGAAUGAUAUUAAAAUGACUGAGAAUGAUAGUACGGCUCAAUUAAGAAUUUUUGUUAAAUUUAUCUUUCAAGAAAUUGUGUUUGAAAUUGGUAUUAAUGAAUUAAGAGCCAGAUUAGAUGAAAGUUAUAUACAACCUUAUCUAAGUGGGUUAUUCCCAAAGGAGGAUCCCGAUGAUAUGAGAUACGCCAUUAAUUAUUUCACAGCGAUUAAUCUUGGUGUAUUGACUGAAGGUAUGAGACGUGAAUUACAAAUAUUAGACGAACAGACAGUAGGUGACACGUCUAGCGAUGAAGAAUCGGAAGAAGAAGAAGAAGAAGAAGAAGAACAACAACAACAACCAAAAGAGGAAGAACAACCUAAAGAGGAAAUACAGAAACGUACUUCAAGGUAUGAGCCUCAUCAACGUCAGGAAGGUAAUGAACAAAAACGCGAUUUGUCUAAGAGGCGCAGAUCUGUCACUCCACCACGCCGCCAAGCAAAUAAUAAGAGACGUAGAUCAGUGACACCACCAAGAAGAGGAAACAGAGGCUGA